AUGCUCAAUAAUCCCAAUCUUCCAAACAUUCAGGACCUGGAAACUUUCCCCGGUCGCGUGGUGCAUACCGCGCAAUGGCCCGAUGAUUUUGGCCCGACCGAGUGGAAAGACAAAAACGUCGUCAUGGUCGGGGCAGGGUCGUCCAGUAUUCAGGCCACUCCAGGGAUGCAACCACAUGUGCGAGAUCUACAUGUCUUCAUCCGAUCCAAGUCGUGGCUCGCAUCGGUCCAACCAAACUACGGUGUAUGUAGUCAACAUCUGUUGAGGCAGAAGGAAGACCAAGACCAUUUUGCACAAGAUCAUGGGAAGUUAGUGCGACAAGCACGAAUCUAUGAAGAAGGUGCAAACCGAAUUUGGAAGUCGCUCUUUUUAAAUGCACCUGAGCAAAAAGCACUGCGGUCCCGAUUCAUCGAGAUCAUGCGAGACGAACUUGAAGACGAAAAGCUAGCAGAAGAACUGAUUCCUAACUUUGCCGUUGGCUGUCGGAGGACUUCUCCGGGGCGCACGUUCAUGCAAGCGUUGAAGCAACCAAACGUCUAUCCUCAUUUCACGGCGCUGCAGAGUGUGCGAAAGAGGACUGUCGUAGGUGCAGACGGCACCGAAGUUCAUGACGUCGACGCCAUCGUUCUUGCCACAGGCUUUGAUACAACUUACCGGCCUCGAUUUGACAUCAUUGGACACCGAGGUAUAUCAUUGAAAGAGAAGUUCACGCCCAACCCCGACUCUUAUCUGGGCAUUGGAGUCCCCGGUAAGCCCUCUGACCUCGAUGUGUCCUUUGGGCCUACAUUUCCCGUCCUUACAGGAUCGGUGACGGCCUCGCUCAGUGCAGUGGCAGACUAUGCCUUGCAGAUGAUCAAGAAGAUUCAAGCCGAGGACCUCCAUUCGGUCACUCCUCGGCAAGACGUCACCGAUCAGUUCAACGAGCACACCCAAACUAUGUUGCACGGCAUGGUCUGGGAGGAAGAUUGUCACUCAUGGUACAAGCGUCCGUCCGAUGGACGUAUCACAGUAGUCUGGCCUGGUAGUGCAUUGCAUUUCCAAGAAGUGGUGCGAAAUCCUCGAUGGGAAGAUUUCCACAUCCAACAUCGCAACCGGUUGAAUAUGUGGGCAUUCCUCGGCCGAGGAUUCACGAGGAUCGAGAGGGACCCUGAAGCCGAUAUGCUCCCAUAG